AUGUUGUCACCUCAACCUCAAUUUGAGGAGGACGACAUCCAAGUGCAGUACCAUCCUAAUAAACUCACCCUUGAGGUGGCUCUCACCCACCAGCAGCUGGACCAACUUCUCAACCUCAUUCAUCGCAGCAAGCAUGAAGACUUCACACUUCGGAAUCGCAAAGAUGUACAGGAUACAUGGGAUGCAGCUUCGUAUAAAUUAACACCUUUCGUAAAGGAAGAAGUAAUCAUCCCCUUCCAGGGCGACAACAAGACAUUUCAGGUAUUCUAUUGCUCAAUAUGGGACUGGGCUGUGGAUCUCCUUCAGGAUCCUCAAGUCGGUCCACAUUUUGUCUUUGAUGCUGAAUGGCUUUCAAAGUUUAAUGGUGAUAGAAUCGUUCGACUCAUUCAUGAGCCUUGGACCGCCAAUAGCUUCUGGGAGUAUCAAUUGAAAAUACCACAAGAUUCCAAACCUCUCACAUUCAUUCUUUAUGCUGAUAAGGCAAAGUUAUCAUCAUAUGGUCAUGCAAAAGGCUAUCCCGUCAUUGCCCGGUGCACUAACCUUCCUACUGCGAUUCGUAAUGGAGAAGGGUUGGGUGGUGGGCAUGUAGUGGGAUGGCUACCAAUUGUGAAAGAAGACAAGAAACACUCAGGAAAGCCAGCAUUUGUUAACUUUAAAAACGCGAUCCUUGUGUGCCUUGCACCACUAUCAAAGGUUGGAUCUGCUGUUAAAUGUUGGGAUGACCUUGUCCGUGUUUUCUAUCCAAUAAUACUGACCCUCUCUGCAGACUAUGAAGAACAGUCUGUGAUGGCGUUGAUUUGUGGUCUGAUGGGAAAAUUUCCUUGCCCGAUAUGUCUUGUACCUCGCAAUGAGCUUUCUAAGACAUCUAAUGUGUAUCCUAUUUGCACAUCUGCAAAUGAAAAUGCAUUAUGUGCUUGGGCCCAAGAGUCUACAACAUUAGAAGCAAAAGAACAAAUAUUAAGCUCUGAGAGCCUUCAAAAUGUUGAUAAUUCGUUUGAUAUGAUGGAGCAUACCAAUGUUCAUCGGGCCCUGUCACACGACAAACUGCACUUUAAUGAUGAAGGCCUUUUCAGUGAUCACCAGUGGGCCAAACUGCAAAAGUGGAUCGAACAUUCAGGUCGACAAGCUGCCGUGUUGAUUGAUAACUUCUUCAACUCAUUUCUGCGCUGGCAAAACCUCAAUCAUUUUGACCAGGUUGUUUCAGUGUCUUUUUCUGAUGGUACUAAAUAUGAAGAUAUCUCAAAGGCAACUCUGGCAAUGUUGACAGAGCUGAUGGAUGUAUGUUUCAUUUACUAUAUACUUGACCGUCAGAAAUACAUUGAAGACACAUUAGAAAUAUGUGACAAGUCAUGGAAUUUUCUGAAGAAGCAUCUUUCUGCGCAUCUUUUCGACGAUAUCAAGGUGAAAGGUGUCAGUCGAAACUAUACCACAAAACCAAAUGAGAAAAUGCACAAAUAUAUUCAUGGCAAAUUGGACUGUCUUGAUGCGCAAAAUCUCAGCCAAUCUGAGUCAGAUUUACCUGAUCCAGAGGUGAAUUCAGAUGAGAUUGAUUCAGAGACCAAACUGACAGAUGCAGCACUGCAUUUCAGCCUCGGUUCUCAGCAGGUAACAAAGUCAUUUGCAGAUAUUGAAGCAAGCAACACAGGCAAUCUGGCCUUUGUUCAAUUCCGGAUUAAGCUGAAUGUAUUUUUAAACCAUGCAUUCAAUACCAAUGGCAUCCCAUUUCCUGAUGGAAGACGAGUCCAACUCGCCGCUGAUAAUAUGACCGAAGUUGGUGUCAUAUUCGCACAAUUGCUGUUGGUCUUCACCUGCACAGUUGGGAAUGACCAAUAUCCUAUCAUGCUCACUCUCCCAUAUGACCAAUCUGUUGGUGCUCGUCCACAGAAGGAUAAAGACUUUGACUUCUGGCAAGUUAAGGCAAAGCCCAGAGUGUCCACAGAAUUCUUCUCGGUGCAAUCCAUCAUCUGUGGAUGUGUAUCGGUGGAAGACAGUAGCAGACCCAAUGAGGGUUUGGUCAUUGAUACUCUAGAUACAGAUAUGUUCCUUCACAUGAAGGAAAUCCAUAUUAAUACUAUAGCUGGUUAG